AUGCCAUCUCUUCUUCCUCACUUUGGAAAUCUGCAGAAGCCUCUUCUCUCCCUCAACCCCCAGCCCCCUGAAUUUGAACACAGUGAAGAACACAGCUUCACCCUCACGCUCCCUGAACAAAGAGCUUUCCCUCUAGGCUUGCUCAGCAGGCUCUGUCUGUCCUCCUGGUGGCCGGGAAUAUCGGCUUCUGCUCGCCUAGCUAGCUCACACUCGCACAUCCUUGAUAUCUGGGUCUUCUCAGCUGCGGCUUUCACUGCUUACCACUCCCAGGCACCGUCAAUAAUUCUCUUCUCAAUUUCCAGUUUGAUACCUGAAUACCCUGAAGUCUCGCUAGAUAUACGCCUGAGAAAAAUGGACUUCUACGACAAGGUUGUCAAGACGCCAACUACCGCUCAUUCGAGCUGUUCCAUCUUUGCCCUGGACAGCCCAGGUCCUCAGCCCAGAGUCCACUUCGGAUGCGAGCACGAGAACCUCUACAAGCUCGACUUCGGCAGCCUAAAAACUGCUAGUGAAUAUGUCGUCGGCAUGCGGUCAGAACCGCAGCACCAGUUGGUGCUCGACAAGAAGUACAAGGGACACAAUGCAGACGAAUAUCCGAUAAGGGGCUCAGAGACCACAGGAACCCCUAACAGCCGCCUCUCAAACGGCCUAGAGUACAACGAGGGCAACACAUUCAAGGAAGAAGAAAGCACCUACAAGAGCCUAUCGCCUCCUCCUACACCUUACCCGGCCUUCAGGGCCUUAGAGCCAGAACUAUUCCCACCAAUUAAAGGCUCAUCAUGCGGCGGCUACGAGGUCUACAAGAAAUCACUUCCCUUCCGCCAACUCGGCUGGUCGUCCCAGGGUGAAAUAGUCAGUAGAGAAAUAUCUCUGCCUGCUCGCCAGGUUCAAUUCUCUUCUUUCCCAUCUCCCAUGGUGCCUCCUGCCCGAGAACUGCCACCGCACCGCAGGGCUGUUCGCGAGCCACUGCUGCCCAUGCUUGUGUACCAUGAUAACGGCGAGGAGGAAAUCGUGUCACAGUACAAUUACCUCCCUUUUGGUCGACAGGCGAGAGAUCCAACCCCUAAUGCUCUGGAAGAUCUUGUUGCUGAAGCUCGUGCAAAUGGUUUCACUACUGAGCCAGAAUGUCGCCCACACAUCAGCAGCUGUGACUGGUACGAUUGCGUGGCAGGGCCUCCGGAAUGCGAGUCAUUGCCAUCUGCUCGUAAGAAAGCUCGUGAGGACCUUUUUGCUGCCUUAUCUCGUCGUUUGGAGUCUCGUCCUCCUCAGUACAGUGUUAUGCCCGAUCCUCCUUUCCCUUGGAUGCGAAGAUGA